AUGUCUAAUGGAACAACUGUCACAUACGUCUGGUUGUCUAAUUACAAGCUCAACUUUACAUCGGCAAGGGACGAUUGUAGAGCCAAGGCUGCCCAUCUAUACACUCCUAAAACCCAAGAAAAACUCAACAUUUUUCUCAACAUCUUCAACACAUUACCUAUCGAUAUCUGGAUUGGGCUGAACGAUAUUGAUAAACUGUAUGAGUUUGUGUGGGACGAUGAUGGAGACGUAUAUACUGGCCAACCUGUUAUAUUUAAUGAAGGCGACCCAAACAACUUCAACGGCAUCCAGCGAUGUGUUGCAGCAUGCACUGGCUUCAGUCUCUUGAUAGACACGGAAUGUGCCAAGGUAGCUCAGUUUCUGUGUGAGCUGAAGGACGCGCCGGACUUGUAA